GGGAAGGAAAUAGCACCAGAUUUGAACCAAAUCCAGCAGUUUGACUGUUUAAACCCUCAGAGCCACUUCUGUUAUUUCUGUUUUUUAUAUCUGGAUGCAGGAGAUGAACUUCAUUUAAUGAGUAAAUAUACAGGCAGCUCUGAUGAUGAUGUCACUCAGAUUGACUCCUCCCCUUUUUCUACUGUUUCUGCUCAUGAUUUCAGGAGUUGCUGCAGGAGUUGCUGUUUCUCAGGACUGGGAUGUGUAUUACACACCAAAGUCUAUCUGUGCUCUAAAGGGAUCUACAGUGACCAUGGGCUGCAGAUACACAUAUCCAGCUGGUUACACAUUUGAGAGAGGUAUCUGGAGCAGAGAGUUGGUUACAGAUAAAGAGCCUCCUGAUUUGACUUCAGACCCAAAGUACAGAGGCAGGGUUCAGUACCUCGGAGACAAACCGCGUGACUGCAGUCUCAGACUGAGUGAUGUGAGAGAACAGGACCAAGGCAAAUACUACUUCAGAUUUUUAACAACUUUUGCUGGAGGAAAGUAUCAAGGUCAAGAUGGAGUUGACCUUUCUGUCACAGCCAUUUUGUACUUGCUGCUCUGUGAACUUGUCCUUUUUGUGGAGUUUUGUGGAUGUCAGCUUACGGAGCUCGAGGUACAGAUUCCUGAUAGAGUGAUUGAAGGAGAUGCAGUCACUCUCACCUGUAAAACCAGGAACAGACUGAGUGGCAAUACAACACUUAUAUGGUACAGAAGUGGACGUCGAUUAUCUUCUUCCACUAACCUGCUCCGUCUGCCAUCAGUCAGACAGAGCGAUGUAGGCAGAUACAGCUGUGCUGUACAAGAUAGUCAGUCCUGUGAUGUCACUCUUGAAGUCCAGUAUCCUCCAAAGAGAGUCUCAGUGUCCAUCAGACCCUCUGGUAAGAUAGUAGAGGGCCGUUCAGUGACUCUGACCUGCAGCAGUGAUGCUAAACCACCUGCACAGAACUACACCUGGUAUAAGGGAGCAUCCUAUAUCAGAAGAGGAAAAACCUACACCAUCUACACUAUCAGCUCUGAGGACAGUGGAAAUUACACGUGCCGGGCUGGAAAUGAACACGGACAACAGUCCUCUACUGCUGUGUCUCUGAAUGUCCUGUCUUCUCCAAAGAGAGUCUCAGUGUCCAUCAGUCCCUCUGGUGAGAUAGUGGAGGGCAGUUCAGUGACUCUGACCUGCAGCAGUGAUGCUAACCCACCUGUGCACACCUACACCUGGCAUAAAGGAACAUCCUAUAUAGGAACGGGAAACACCUACACCAUCAACAAGAUCAGCUCUGAGGACAGUGGAGAGUACAAGUGCAAGUCCAGUAAUCAAUAUGGAGAGAAAUACUCUGAUGGAGCGACUUUAAAUGUUUUGUAUCCCCCUAAGAAUGUCUCAGUGUCCAUCAGUCACUCUAGUGAGAUAGUGGAGGGCAGUUCAGUGACUCUGACCUGCAGCAGUGAUGCUAACCCACCUGUGGAGUAUAGCUGGUUUAAAGGAACAUCAUAUAAAAGCAAUGGAAAAACCUACACCUUUAGAAAAAUCAGCUCUGAGGACAGUGGACCGUAUAAGUGCAAGUCCAGCAAUCAAUAUGGAGCGAAAUAUUCUGAUGAAGUGACUAUAAAGGUUUUGUAUCCUCCAAAGAGAGUCUCAGUGUCCAUCAGUCCCUCUGGUGAGAUAGUGGAGGGCAGUUCAGUGACUCUGACCUGCAGCAGUGAUGCUAACCCACCUGUGGAGAGCUACAACUGGUAUAAAGGAACAUCCUCUAUAGGAACAGGAAAAACCUACACCAUCUACACUAUCAGCACUGAGGACAGUGGAGAAUACAAGUGCAAUGUCAGAAAUCGAUACGGAGAGAAAUACUCUGAUGGAGUGACUUUAAAUAUUUUGUAUCCUCCAAAGAGAGUCUCAGUGUCCAUCAGUCCCUCUGGUGAGAUAGUGGAGGGCAGUUCAGUGACUCUGACCUGCAGCAGUGAUGCUAACCCACCUGUGCAGACUUACACCUGGUUUAAGGGAACAUCCUAUAUAGGAACAGGACAAUCUUAUAUCAUUAACAGAAUCAGCUCUGAGGACAGUGGAGAUUACAAGUGCAAGUCCAGUAAUCAACACGGAGAGAAAUACACUGAUGGAGUGACUUUAAAUGUUUUGUAUCCCCCUAAGAAUGUCUCAGUGUCCAUCAGUCGCUCUGGUGAGAUAGUGGAGGGUAGUGACUCAGUGACUCUGACCUGCAGCAGUGAUGCUAACCCACCUGUGCAUGACUACACCUGGUAUAAAGUGGAUGAAAGCUCACCUGUAGGAUCUGGACAGAGUUACAGCUUCACAUUGAGGUUCAACAGCAGUGGAUGGUUUUACUGUGUGGCUCAGAAUAAAUACGGGAAUCAGACAGCAGCUGCAGUGGCUCUCACUCUAAAUGGGGGUACAAGUGUAGUUCUGUAUGUAGUUCUUGGAGUGACAGUUGGAUGUGGAUGUUUAUUUGCCAUCAUUGGUGUUUUAUGUAUGAGGAGAAAGAGAAGAGGAGGUUCAACUCAUCAUACCAAGUCUAAUGAGAACAUUUACUGCAGUCCUACUGAAGACACGUACACAGCUCUUGAUCUUCAGUGCAGGUCCUCCAAAGACGUGUAUGACACACUUGCAACGGUUCACCCAAGUUCUCCUGAUGACACGUACACAGCUAUGGAUUCAUAGUCCAUCUCUCCUGAUUACGACACUUUAACAACUGCAAGAAAACAACGAGAUCAUCAACAUCGACACCAUGUCGAGAGAGAGAGAUGAGAGAUGAGAGAUGACCAGUGCUAGAAUAGUUCUGUUUUUGAGCUGUCUGUGGAUCAAUAUUGAACUCUAUCUUAAAAUAGUUGAAGAGUGAGAGCUUUACAUUUAUGAACACGUAUAUAUUGAGUGUGCAUUGAUUUUGAACUGUUCAGCGUAUGCAUCCUUUUUCUACGUGUGCUGUACUUUUUUCCCCAUUUUUAAUUAUAGUUUUAUAUUUACCUGCUAAAGUAAUACACUGUACUCAUGCUUCACUUGUUCUUUAAGCACAAAAAUGUGUGCCAUUAAGGAUUUACACAAUAAACGUGAAUAUGAUGUAUAA